AACACAUGCUAAUGCUAAGAUAUCCGAACAAAAUGAAGUUGUUUGCUGUGUUAAUCAUCGGCAUUGUAGCAAUUUUUGUGCUAGGAACAUCAGCAGAGCAAUGUGGAAAACAAGCAGGGGGUGCACUGUGUCCAAAUGGGCUCUGUUGUAGCGAAUUCGGGUGGUGCGGCUCCACUGCUGAGUACUGCGGAACCAACUGCCAGAGCCAAUGCGGUGGUUCAACUCCAACCCCAACUCCCAGUGGCGGUAGUGGUGUAGGCAGCAUAAUAACUCCAGCUCU